AAUAGCUUAUCUACUUUAUAUUUUUAGUAGGAGGUUUGUUGAGGGGAAAUUGUCAGUGGGAGGUUGUUGUCUUGGUAACUCGUGACUCGUAAAGCCCAGUGCUUUUCUCCCUAAUUUUCUCCAACAGGCAACAAGGCAACAAAUCUUAUCUGAUCACUUCUGCUGGAUAUCUCUAUUCUCUACCUUUCUCUCUGGUUCUAUCCAUGGAGCUCAUCAUCUUCUCAAUCCAACCUUUGCUCCUCCUGUUUCUCGUCUUUCUUUUUUCUUACUAUUACUUCUUCACUUCACACCAAAAACCAGAUGAUAAUAAGGGGUUCAAAAUCUACCCCAUACUCGGUGCCUUGCCUGAUUUCUUGAGAAACCGGCAUCGAUUUCUUGAUUGGACAACCGAUAUUCUGAGCCGAUGUCCCACCAACACAUCUGUCUUUCGUCGCCCUGGUAAAGUCCAUGGGAUCAUCACUGCAAACCCUUUAAACGUCGAGCACGUUCUCAAGACCAACUUCGACAACUAUCCCAAAGGCGAGCGGUUCAUUUUCCUUCUCAAGGACUUCCUGGGCCAAGGAAUCUUUAACUCUGAUGGUGAACUAUGGAAAAUUCAAAGGAAAACAGCUAGCUACGAGUUCAAUACCAAAUCGCUCCGGAAUUUCAUCAUGGACAAUGUUAGGGUCGAGACUUCCACAAGGUUGAUUCCGGUCUUAAACCAUGCUUCAAAAACUCUACAGGUAUUGGAUUUGCAGGAUAUUUUGGAGCAAUACGCGUUUGAUAACAUAUGUCAAUUAGCUUUCAACGUCGACCCUGGUUGUCUUGGAGGCGAUGGAACAUCUGGUUCUCAGUUCAUGCGUGCUUUUGAAGAUGCUGCCUCUCUUAGUUCUGGUAGAUUCAUGUAUGCCUUCCCCCUUUUUUUCAAGAUAAAGAAGAUUUUCAACAUGGGGUCAGAGCGAAACUUAAGGAACUCGAUCAAGAUUGUUCACGAAUUCGCAGAUGACAUCAUACAGAAAAGAUUAGAAGCCCAAGCUGAGAAUCAAGACGAAGAUUUACUGUCCAGGUUCAUCAGAAACGAUGACAAUUCACCUCAGUUUCUCCGAGAUAUCAUCAUAAGCUUCAUAUUGGCAGGGCGAGACACCACAUCUUCAGCUUUGACCUGGUUCUUUUGGCUGCUAUCAGUAAACCCAAACGUCGAGCUAAAAAUACGAAAGGAGCUUCAAUUGAUUCGACAACGAAAUGGGAAAAGCAUCGGCGACGCAUAUACCUUCGAUGAGCUUCGAGACAUGCACUAUCUCCAUGCUGCAAUUUCAGAAAGCUUAAGAUUGUACCCCCCAGUUCCUGUCGAUACAAAAGCUUGUCUACGCAAUGACAUUCUCCCAGAUGGAACAUUUAUUGGGAAAGACUGGUUUUUCACUUACCAUACAUAUGCAAUGGGGCGCAUGGAGGCAAUAUGGGGCAAGAAUUGCAAGGAAUAUCUGCCUGAAAGAUGGCUUGAUGAAAACGGAAACUGCAAGCAAGAAAGUCCAUUCCGGUUUCCCAUAUUCCAUGCCGGACCAAGAAUGUGUCUAGGGAAAGACAUGGCUUACAUUCAGAUGAAGUCGAUUGUAGCAGCGGUGACGGAGAGGUUCGUGGUUGAGGUACCAGGUAAGGACAAGUGCCCUCAGCACUUGUUGUCUUUGACUCUUAGGAUGAAAGGUGGAUUACCUGUACAAAUAAAGGAAAGAUGAGAGUGGAAUUUUGUUUUUUUUCUACAACUAGAAUGGACUGGGCUUCUUCACUUUAGCAUCAUCAGUGAUGUAUUCUAUAAUUAACUAAAUUAUCCAUUUCAUGUGUAUGGUUUUUCCAACACGCUAAUAAGCAUAUUGCAUGUAAUACAAUUAUAAAGGAAAAGACAACCAAACAAUGAUGGCAUGGUGUUGGCUUUUUCUUCUGAGUCUCGUUAAUGUGAUGUUGUCCUGAAUUAUUAUUGUUAUAAUAAUAACAAUGAUGGCAUGGAUCGGUGGUAA